AUGGCAUAUAACAUCACUGUCCGUACCAACAACAAGUCCGAUAAAGGCUUCAAUAUUGUCGAAAAGACCGUCUGGCAUGGGGGGAUAUGGUCAAGCCGCAAUGGGAUACAGAAGCUCACCAUGGAUGGCAGCGGUACAUCAGGGACGUUGCGUUACAGGAAUAAGGAAAGCGGAGAGCAUUUCGUUGUGGCUCUGGGAGUGCACAACUACAAGAGAUGGUGCGAUAUUUUAGUCAAUCUCGCACCCAAAGAGACUGCUGCGCAAAGGCACGCGUUUUAUUACAACGGAGGCCACGCACAGCACGGGAUGUUGUGGAAGCAGCUUCCGGAGAUCUCUAGUACAACGUCAGCGGGAACACGUGUGGUAGUUAAGUAUCUCAACGAAUCGGGGCAUGAUUACGAUGUUCUCAUCACCAUAUCUUGA